CACCCCGCGGCGGGAUACUUCUAAAGUCCAACAUGGCGGCGUACAGUAAAAGUUUGAAACCGAGUUCAGUUUUGAAAGCGAACUGCUACGAAAUAGGCCACACUUGGCAACCCUCGUGCAUAAGGGCUAUCUUAGACAUACUGCUGGGGGGUAUAGUGGAGUCUGUCAAAAUCUACGCGCCAGUUUACGUGAUCACAGGUCUAGCCAGGAGGAGGAGUAAACGGUACUGGCUGCACAAGUUUGUUCCUGAACUCCUACAGUCUGCCGUGUUCCUGGGGAGCAAUGCUGGGGCCUUCAUCGGGAGUUUUUGUCUCCUCAACCAACUGUUUGAGCGCUUCUCCUACUGUACUGGCCUGGCCAGUGGUGCUAUGGCUUCCCAGCUUGCCAUUCUUUUGGAGAGAAAGCCCAGAAGGGGAAUGCUAGCAGUGUACAUGUUUAAUGUGGCAUUGGAAACCCUGAGUAAUAUGGCAAUCUCUCGUGGUCUCAUAACACCACGCAAACAUAUUGAGGUUUUACUUUUCAGUAUAACUGCUGCUGGAUAUGCCUAUCUAUUUAGAUGUUUUGGUGGGCUUAGCGGUGUUUUCUUACAAGGCGUCAGGUUCCUGCUGGGUACUGAGGAGGCAGGCAAACCAGGUGAUGCCAGGAGCCUGGAGAGUGAGGCUAACAGACCUGCAGUACAGUCUGCACAACACAGUGCCUGGAAACAAAACCUCUCAGUUUCAAGGAUAAUGAGACUGUUAAAAGCUGCACUGGUCCAGAGACAUGCCCUGUGUAUGCACAAACACAGCUGUGCCAUGUACUGUCUAAAGGGGUUUGGCAGGAUGUUUGGUAUUGGCUAUGCUGCCCAGGCUGUCCUCAGAGUACUGUCAUCACUCCAAACCAUCAUCAAGUCACCCAGCCGCCUACUGUCCUGUAUCUUCAACAAGAACAACAUCAACCUUGGUGCCUUCUUAGGUGGUUUUGUUGGUAUCUUCAAGUUUGUCAGCUGUUUCCUACGCUGGCUCAGGGAUCAAGAUUCAGACCUUCAUGCACUACCUGCAGGUUUCCUUGCAGGACUAUGUAUGUUCUUCUACCCAAGUUGGACCAUUGCUCUGUACCUCACCCUGAAACUUGGAGAGCUGCUGUACAUGAAGGGAAUAGAAGCAGGCCAUCUCCCCUGUAUCACCCAUGCAGACUCUCUUCUGUUUGCUGUGUCCACAGCAGUGGUUCUGCAUGCCGCAGUGAUGGAACCACACAAUGUCAAGCCGUCCUAUUGGACCUUCUUACAGAGGCUCACCAGACAACGAUUUGGAAUGAUGAACCGAAGAGUCCUGGAUGUCUAUGGUACUCAUGCUUCCAAGCUGAUGCCUGACUUCAAACCACAGUUAGAUCCAAAGUUCUGCCUCAUGAAGCAUGAAUGAUGUUUUCUAGUUCCAGUUCUCAUUCCUGUUUUUUUUUACAUAAAAUACAUACAUCAACUCUCAUAAUUCUGUUGGCCACCUUAAUUGUAACCCCUAUAUAGAAAGUAUACAAUGUUACUG